AUGUCCACCACCAUCAACUUGACGGCGAUGACCACAGUCACUCCCAUAGCCACCAAGACUUACGCCGUCCAAUCCCGGGCCCAGUCGAGACUUUGGUAUCCCCUUCGACUCAUCACCAUAAACACGAUCAAACCCACAAAGAUGAUGAUCACCCCCACAAGCAUAGCCAUGCUCACGACCAUGACCACAAGGAUCAACAUGCUCACUCCCACUCCCAUGACCAUUCAUCGCACGACCAUUCGCACGGCCACACGGAUGCCGCGAGUGGGCAUUGCGCCCGUUAUUCUGCUGUUCUUCAUUCCCCUUGGCCGGACGUCGUUGACGACGCAAAAGCCACUGCUUCGCAUUUUUCUCGCGUUUGCGGCCGGUGGACUUCUCGGCGACGCGCUGCUGCAUCUGCUGCCACACUCCACCCCUAGCGGUCAGCACGAUCAUGACCACAGCCACGAUCACGGAGAUGCAGGACACAGCCAUUCGGUAGCGGACCUGGCGCCGUAUUUGUGGAUGUUAGUUGGGCUCAUGACAUUUUUGAUGCUGGAAAAGUUUGUUCGCGCGCAAACUGGAAGCGACGGUCACGGCCACUCGCAUGGCAUCGCUCCUGAACCAAAGCAAGCCAAGAAAUCCGAAAAAAGCGACAAUGGCGCAGCGCCUCCUGCCGCGGCAAUUGCCGCCGCGGCGUAUUUGAACUUGGCGGCAGAUUUCUCCCACAACUUCACCGAUGGGUUGGCCAUUGGCGCCACGUUUGUCCAUGGACGUAGCAGCGGGUGGCAAACAACGUUGGCCAUGCUUCUCCAUGAAGUGCCGCACGAAAUCGGCGACUUUGCGAUCCUCAUUCAAUCCGGGUUCACGCGUUCGGACGCCAUGUGGACUCAAGUGUACACAGCCCUUGGCGCCAUGGUCGGCACAGCCGUAGGGCUCUUGAUUGAAGCAAAGACGGCGGCGUGGAUCACUCCAUUCACGGCCGGCGGGUUCGUGUACAUUGCGUGCACGAGUGUCUUUCCCGAAUUGCUCGAAGACUCGUCCCUUCUUCAGUCGUUGCUGCAACUGCUUGCGAUGGCGACGGGUGUUGUCCUCAUGCUACUCAUCGCGCUCUUCGAAUAA